AUGCAAAAACCACCAUUUGCGAAAGCUGAUCAACUUAAUGAUGAGCUUGACAGUUUAGCAGAUCCCGCAGCGCCCGCAACAUCACCAAUACGUUUACCAGGCCAACCACGCAUUCAUUUGGACCAGCACACAAAGGUCGAUGGUUUUCUCAAGCAAGAGUUUCUUUUGAAGGACCUGGAUGAAAUCUCUCCAUAUCUAUGGAUGAUGUCAAAGCAUGACAGUAGAAGCAUCUCUCCACUACAUCGUCAAAAGGUUAAAGGUCGCGAUAUCGUUAUCACUGAAGAUCCACGAUUGCAUUUAGUCUGGUAUCACGACCGCAUCUUUAUCAAACCACUUCCAAAAUACCUUUUAUCCCACUAUUUUUGGAAAACAUAUCUUUGCGUCGAUCGCCACUCGUCGCCAGAACAGAUAACUCUUCAAAGAGCAGUUUUAGGGUAUCUCAGGACAUACAUUCAUCUCAUCAAAUAUGAAUCGGAUUUUCGCAUAGCUACCGACGAUAAACUUCAGUUAAUCCCUUCUGGUAUUACAUUUCUAAAAUUCUGCGAUUUCAUUGCACCUUUGGAAAACCUUCUUGAUGUCGAUGUUGCUGGACGGUAUGCCUACGGUGAAAUCCGGCUUACGAGACUCAAUCUCUAUUCGAAAAUCUUCCUCAGGAAGUUCAGCUUUCAUCGUGUUCGUGCGCAAUACUCUGAUUAUUUUGCUUCAUUCUAUGGGCCUUUACUUUUCGUAUUUGCGAUACUUUCAGUGGUGCUAGGUGCGAUGCAAGUUUCUAUGUCCAUUGACUUUGAUGUAACUAAGCAGUGGAAAUCUUUUGAGCAAUUUUGCCAAUGGUUUAGUGUCAUUUGUCUUUUUGUGGUAGCAAUUUUGGUUCUUUGGCUUGGGUUUUUAUUCUUGUAUAAAUUCAUCAAGGAAUGGGUUCAUGCCAUCGCUGAACAUCAGAGAAGGAAAGACUGCUCUAAAAACUGUUCUAAAGUCUAA